UGCAGAAAGUUUCCAAAUAAAUGGCUCAAUUCUGUAAGUUAAGAUAAUAAUUUAUAAUGAUUUGAAUGAUUCACUAAAUAUUAACAAGUCUUUAUGAUUUUUAGUACUCAGAUUGAUGUCACACUUGAAAAGUCCAAUGUACUUAAUUUAGCAUUUGGGUAUCCCGAUUACCGUCUCCUAAGUGAAACACAAUUUGCUCUAUUGGAAAACGCUUCUGCUCCAAGUCAAUAUUCCCCUGGUACCGAUAGUCCAAGAUUAUUGGAGGCAAUUUCAAAAUUCUACUCAAAAUUGUUAAACAAAACUUUAAAUGUAGAUGAUAAUAUAAUUAUUACUUCUGGAGAAAUUGAAGCUUUGUAUCAUGUAUUUUCAACGCCUGUACAAAAGGGAAAUGAAUGGAUUAUCUUUGAGCCAUGUGAUAAAUUUUAUCUAAGUACAAUUAUGGCGGUUGAAGGAAUUCCUAAGCCCAUACAACUAAAGCCAGUAUGAUUUUUCUUAAUUGUUUGAAAUCAAAGUUCAAAAAUAUUGAAGUUAUAAAAAGAUUUUCUUAUUUUUUAUUAAAGAAAUUUAACGAAACUCACAAUCUUACAUCAGCUGAUUGGAUCUUUGAUAAGGACGAAUUGUCAAAACUUUUUAAUAACAAUACAAAAGGCAUUGUUAUUAAC